UAAAGGCCACGUUGCCAAACGCUUAAGGGCUUUGAAAUAUUGACCCUCCCCUCGUUUAGCGACCUUGAACAACUGUCAAGAGAAUGCAAAAUAUCCGUAUUCUGAAAAGCUGUCUGCAGAUAGUCAGUGUGAUUGAACGGCUUACAGAAUUUCCAAAUGUUUGUUAAGCAAGAAUAUCGUAAUGCUUUUCUUUUAACUAAGUUUUGUGACGCUCUCUGUGUUGGUAAACAAGUUGGUCGUGAAUUGAGCCAUACAGCAUGCACACAGACUUGCCGGUACCGGUCGUCUCCUUCUGCUACCACUGAAAGGGAUGUAAAAGCUUUUAGCUCAAUACCAGGCCCUAAACCACUACCUUUGGUCGGAAAUAUCUGGCGCUACGCCAUAGGACAAUAUUCGUUCGACCAGUUGCAUACUUCCGGACUGAAAAAGUAUCAACAGUUUGGCAGCAUUGUUCGAGAAGAAAUUUUGCCAGGUGUAAAUCUUUUGUUACUCUACCGACCGGAGGAUAUUGAACACAUGUACCAGGUUGAAGGCCGGUAUCCAUCCAGGCGCAGUCAUACGGCUUUAGAAUUCUAUAGACUUCAAAGACCUCACAUUUACAACAACGGGGGCCUCCUUCCAACAAAUGGACCAGAAUGGCAUCGCCUACGACAAGCCCUUCAGCGUCCACUGAAUAUGCCGGAAAACAUCCGCCAAUAUAUUCCCGGUAUCGACACGAUCGCUCGCGAAUUCACCGAGCUUAUUUCCACGUCAGUUAAUACAAUGAAAACUUCACCAGACUUUUUACAAGACCUAUCUAAAGUCUUUCUUGAAUUUCUUGGUUUGGUGACGUUCGAUACGCGAUUGGGAUCUUUGAAAAAGAAUUUGGCUAAUGAUUCCUGUCCGUAUAAACUCAUAGAGGCUGCCGGUGACACGAAUAACGAAAUACUUCGAACGGAUAAUGGCCUUCAACUUUGGCGCAAAUGGAAGACACCUUCCUACAAAAGAAUAUGUCGUUCUCAAGAAUACAUUGAGAGUAUUGCGUUGCAAUUUGUCAACGCAAAAAAAGCUGAGUUGCUUACCAAGAAGUUCGCUGAUGAUUCUCAAAAAACUUUGUUAGAAGUUUAUCUAACGUCGAAGGACCUAGACGUUAAAGAUGUGAUCACUAUGGUUGCUGACAUGCUUCUGGCUGGCAUUGAUACUAGUUCUUACACAAUGAGCUUCAUACUGUACCAUCUUGCCAAAAAUCCAUUAAGCCAAGAGAAGAUUUAUCUGGAAGUUAAGCAGCUCCUGCCAAAAUCCAACAGUGUUGUAACAUCUGAUGUCCUUGCUCAACUGAAAUAUCUAAAGGCUGCAGUAAAAGAGUCCUUUAGAUUAAAUCCAAUCUCAAUUGGGGUUGGAAGAAUUUUACCAGAAGAUUCAUCCUUUUCAGGAUAUCACUGCCCAAAAAAUACAAUACUUGUGAGCCAGAACCAGGUUUCAUGUCGACUCGAGUGUUACUUUAAGAACCCAUUACAAUUUGUUCCUGAACGGUGGAUAAAAGGAGACCCAGCUUAUGAAAAAGUCCAUCCAUAUCUGGUAUUGCCAUUUGGACACGGUCCGCGAGCUUGCAUUGCUCGUAGACUAGCGGAGCAAAAUUUGUACAUUCUUUUAACACGGCUCGUGAGGCAGUUUCGCAUCGAGUGGCAUGGUGCUGAGCUAGAUGUCAGAUCGAAAUUAAUUAAUCGUCCAGCCGUACCAUUGAAAUUCAGUUUCAUCGAGCGAACAAAUUUUUAAUUUCAUUCUAAGUUUGUGAAUUUAAUUAAAAGAAAUAAAAA